GAGACGCGAAGGGAUAGAGCGCCACGUGGAAGUCCAUGGCGGCGGUGGGCCCCUCGCCGGAAGUGUUGGCUCUCUGGGCGCGGGGGUCCUUCGGACAAUGAAACCAUAGAGCGGGCGAGGGGCGGAGCGGCUGCGCUUGGGGCGGCCACUCUGCCUCCCUUGGAGGGGAGGAGGUCUCUGGCGCGGCGGCCGAGGCGGAAGCGAGGCCUAGUCUGCGGCGCGGGCGAGGAGGAGGCCUGGAGCUGGAUUUCGGUGUGUCUGCGGUGCCGUUCUGCGGUUGCUCAUGGCAUUGAAGGCAGAAACUCCCCGGCUGGACUACAUCAAGGUCUCUUCCUCUGUUCUACGUUUCAAAGAGAAGGGGAAGGAGGCUGCCGAUCCUGUCGUGACCGAGCGUACUCCAGUUAAGCGGGAUGGAGCCAGUGUGGAUCCCAAGGACAGAGGGGAGCGGCGGAAUCCAAGCGUAUUAGCCGGGGCUGGCCAGGAAGAACCGAGCAGCUCUUGGAAGCAGGAAUACCUGAUAGCCGAAAGCCCAAGCCAUGGCCGGCCCGUUUGUAUGGUCUGUGGGGGCAUCUUGAGUUGUUCGGACCCCGCGGCGGCCCGCAAACACAUCCUACAGCAGCACGCCCAUUCGCUCGACUUCAGCCUAGAAGAGAAGCACAACAUCCUGGAAGCCUGGAGCGAGGGAGCUGUCCUGCCGACGGUAGCGCAAGACCCCUCCCCGGAAGGGAAGGAGUGGCUCUCCGAGUGCGGUGUCCCGGGCUCAGCGCCUUCAGAAAUCCGAAUUUUCACCGACGGCACCUUCCCUGCUGGGUUCACCUUAAAACUGUAUUGCCGGGCUCAGCCAGAAACACCUCAAGACUCUCGAGUCAAGCCAAAUACAAAGAAGAGAACAGUGGAUCGCAACUGCUCUGUGUCUUUGCUGAGGCUCCACUCCACGGACUCCCCGCGCCGCCUCUGCUCCAGCCCCCUCUCGGGGUCCGCCAGUAGCCAUGCCAAAGACUGUGGCGCCAGAGCCGGCCGGCGAGUCGCGUCCGCCGCGGGCAAGGAGGAGCCUUCCCUCCUGGCCGAGGGUUUCGACCCCGUCUGGCGAGGCCGCUUCCUCGUGGACUUUGACGCCGCCGCGGGCCGCUUGGUGUGCAUGGUGUGCGAGUACCCGCUGAGGCGCGUGUGCCUGGCCACCGUCAAGCGGCACAUCCUCCAGUGCCACGCGGAGACCCUCAACCUGCCCCGCGAGGUCCGGCGCACCAUUCGCGAAGUCUGGGAGAGCCGCAGCCAGUCGACUCCGUCCCCGGCUCCGAAGAAGUGACAAGCGGGUUGUGUUGUUGACGUGAGAAGUACGAAACCCUCCGCUGCCUUUCUCCUCACCUUGGGGAAAGCCGCACUACGAGGAAAAGUGAAUCAUUCCAUGUAUAGCAGGCGUGGGCAAACUUCGGCCCUUGACGUGUUUUGGAUUUCAACUCCCAUGCCAAGUGGAGGGCCGAAGUUUGCCCAUAUCUGAUGCAUACUGUAGUUACGAGGUGGCCGGUUAAGACUACUUUCCAUCAUUGUUGUGGUUGCCUUUGAAGGGCCGUUCAAUCCGUGGACAGAGACGGGGACCAACCAUACUUUUUUUACAUAACGGUUGGCGUUCUUUAGUUUUUACCACUUUGGGUCUGCCGGUGUUAUUGAACGACAACCUCCCGUCGCUGUUGAUGAGUGGGGAUAAUGGGAAUGGCAGCCUAAAUGUCAGGUUGUUGUAAAGCCAGACAUCAUAUCCAUAAAGCCUUGUAUCUUCCGUUGUAUCCAUCAGUUCUGGUCAUGAUGUCAAAUGGGAAUGAAUGCAGGAUGUAUUGUUCUCUGGGCUGCUGUGGCUGUAUGGUUCCAGAAGCAUUCUCUCCUGACAUUUCGCCCACAUCUAUAACAGAGGUUGUAAGAUCUGUUGGAAACGAGGCACGUGGGGAUUAUAUAUCCCUAACUCUUUUUUUGCUCGAGGCAAGUGUGAAUGUUGGAAUUGACCACCUUGAUUAUCUAUCACUGAAUGGCCUUUGCAGCUUCAAAGCCUGACUGAUACCUUCCUUUGUUGGCCCUGAUUGUUUCCUGUCUGGACUUCCUUUGUUUCGGAGUGGGAGGGCCGAAGUUGGACUAGAACAAGGAGGACACAAUACUUGUAUCCACGGGGGGUUAAGGCUCAGUUAUAAUUUUCACCAAGAGAUGAUGAAUAUAUCUAUCAUUAGGUAGUAAAUGUCACGUGGCAAUGCAUUAUAUGAAGAGACCAUAAAUUAUUUUUAUGAUA